AUGCUCUGGAUUUUUGUCAUUUUCUUGGUAACACAACUACCUCAUUCGGAAGCUCCACAAUGCUACCCAGGCGAAUAUGAAAUAAAUGGCGAAUGCUGCCCCAUGUGCAGUGCAGUGGACUGCUCCGCCAGUGACCAGCUGGAUUGCAAGUUGUGGUCCUUUUAUAUGUGGCUACUGGGAGCCUGGUUCUCCACCGCCGUUGUCAUUAUUCACACCCGUGCAGAUGAAUGCAGAUUCCUGUGUAAAGGUAUUUGUGAUGCAUGUAACUUUCCUUUAGGAGCCAGACUGGUGACAAAAGAAAAAUGCACCUAUACGAAGAACACCGUGUGCGGCUGUGCCCCGGGGGAUUUCUGCAGGCACAUUGCAGGCCUGGACUGUGAAAUGUGUAGUCGCUCCACCAUCUGCCCCCCUGGCUAUAUGGUGGAAGAACCUGGCACAGAAUUCCUUGACAACGUAUGUGAGGUUUGCCCUGAUGGAACCUUCUCAGCAACCAACAUGUCACGCGCCUGUCAGCCAUGGACCAGGUGUGAAGAGGAAGGGAUGACAGAACAAAAGGCCGGGACAGCCACUUCUGAUGCAGUUUGUGUACAAAGAGGCCUUUCUACCACAGUGAUAGCAGUGAUAAUAGUCCUUGCUCUCUCACUUUUAUCUGCAUUUGCUGGAACAAUGUACUUUUUUUGGUGGAAGAAGAGGAGGAAAUAUGGGUUAACACCUUCACAGGAGACAGGGGAUGAGUCAAAAGUACAAGAUGAGAGAACUUCGAUGCAGCCUACAGAGAAUGGGACUGAUAACAGUCCUACUCAGGAACAAACAAAGGCAAGAACAGUGGGGAAAGAAAGAAAGCCAUUGUUCUGUCUACACGUGGAAUAGGAGAAACACAGGCAGAGCUAAGGCAAAUGGCCACCAGCUGAAGGAUCUGGGCUACUUUAGAAAAAGCUGAAUGAUCAAGGUUAGAUAAUUGAUCAGAGUUUUGGAAGAUUCAUCUUCAUUGAAUUUCAGCGAUCAUCAUCAACUUGAGUUUGUCUGACUAAGGCCUGUUAUGCUGAAGCCUUCCUCAUGGACACAUUGUUAGGUGGAAUGUCUGCAGACUCUGGGCUCUUGGGCUAUGUCUACACUUGCCAUUUAAAGCAUAAAAAGUCCCUGUUUUACACAAAAACCUUGGGAGCGUCUACACUUGCCAAUGACAGAAGUUUCACAGCAAACAGAAAACCACCUCCACGUGAGAUGCAAGUGGAGACAUGUUCUUCCUGUGUAAACAGCUUUUAGCCUCCAGGGUAUCCCACAGUGCCUAGGGCGAUCACUCUGGCCAGCAGCUCUGCUGCUCUGAGCCCAGAUAAGCAGACGUCCGCCCCUCUCCCUGUAAAGCCCUGGGAACUUUGAAACUCCCCAUCCUGUUUUGUUUGCAAGUGCUCAUCUGGCCAAGUGACCAUGGAUGCUUUAUAGAGCAAACGAUCCGCCGCUGGGACACCUAUGCUCAUGCAGCCCCUGCCAGAAGAGCUAUAGUGGGAUAGCUGCCCUCAGUGCGCUGCUGUCAUGGGCGAUGGAAGUGCUGCAAAUGUAAACACUCUCUGAUGCUUAUGGAAGUAACUGAGUACAGGAAUCAGCACUUUUCUUUCACCGGUUCCCUAUCACCGGUGAAACUGACAGCACAAAAACUCUGCAAGUGUAACAUAGCCUUGGUUUCAUUCAGUGACUACACUUAAAAUUCCAUUUAUUCAUUACAGUGUUUGAAAGUUCCCACUCACAUAUCACACGGGGCUUUCCAGCCACAAACACUUGCCUGGUAUCCAGGAAUCUCUACGGGACCAGUUGCUCUUCUGACUAUAUUGGACCAGAUGACCACAUAAUCAAAAUGUUUUUUAUACAUAGCUUUCAUUUUAUAACAGGGCAAGAGAGGGUGGGGACAGAAAUGUUGCAUUGCUGUAAAUAUUAGCUCUUAAUAAAAAGUCAAGGAAAGUGCGGGCCCCUUACUGAAUGAGGGAGGCAACCUAGUGGCAGAGAAUGUGGAAAAAGCUAAUGUACUCAAUGCUUUUUUAGCCUCUGUCUUUACGAACAAGGUCAG